AUGUUCUGCACCAGGUGCCUUCGCGCCACCGCGCUGCGGCGCCCACUCCCAAUCAUUCGCCAAUUCUCGACGACGAUCCCCUUCCGAUCCGCCGAGCCUGUCCUCUCGACCCCCAUCGCCGAGGCUGGCGAGUCCAAGGACGCCCCAAUUUCACGGUCCUCGUGCCCCGCUGGAACCAAGCUCACUGGGCUUAACUACCUGAAGAAUGGCCAAGACCCGGUUGCGCUGAAGGAUGAGGAGUAUCCCGAGUGGUUGUGGUCGUGCCUGGACGUGAUCAAGUCAAACAAGGAUUCCGCAGAUGAUGGUGCCGGAGACGAGUUCUCGAAAUCGAAGAAACAGCGAAAACUCGCAGCAAAGCGCCAGAAGACCAUGGAGGCUCAAGCACUCGCCUCGGGUAAUCUCGACGCCCUAGCCCCCAAGAUCCCCCUGCAGCACCAGUCCGUCAACAUCACCGGUGACGAGAACAGCACUGUCGAGCACAAUAUCGAGGCGGCGCAGAAAAGAGAGGAACUGAAGAAGGCGAUGCGCAAGGAAAGGAAGGCAAAGAUCAAGGAGGCCAACUACCUGAAGUCUAUGUAA